AUGCUAGGAAAGGCGAGUCCUAUCAAUUAUAGAAGGCCACUACAGGUAGUGAAUCUGAUAAGAUGUAACUCAUCGGCACGCAAGAAGGCAUCAGUGAAUCUAUCUGUAGAUGAAGAUGCAUCAGCAAAAAAAAUCAGUGAUGGGUCGAUGGUUGAUCUGAAUAUUAAAUUGUCCAAGAUAUAUGAUGAGAUAGCACAAAAAGAGUAUGAUGAAAAUUUUUUUAAAGAAAUUCUGUAUUCUAAAAUACCCCCUUAUGCGGAUAAGUUAACCAAGGACAUUGCCAUCUCAAAACCUUGGAGAGGGGAGCAAGGCGCCAGUGAAAUAUCAGCAAGGAUCACGAAUGAUUCAAAUAAAUACAUCAAAAAGAGAGUUUCAACAGCACCUACAGGGUUUGAAUUGAAGAAGAAAUUGACUGUACCUGAAAGGAUGAUAAGGGCCAAAGAGAACUCUUUAGAUUAUACAUUGUUGAAACAUACAAGUGAGGAGGAUUCAAAGUUUAGGGAAAUGAUGAGAGAGAAGUUAUUAGGUCCAGAGCAGGUAACAAGGGUAAGCUUUUCAGAUGCUUUCUUUUUAGCUGAUGCAAAGAUUGCUGAUGCCAAAGCCAAGGGACAGUUCAAUAACUUGCCAAAAGGGAAACCACUUGACCAUACAUAUCAACAAAAUCCUUACCUUGAUACUACGGAUUACCAUUUGAACAAUAUUUUAAAGCGACAGGAAGUCAAAAUACCAUGGAUUGAGAAACAGGGUUCGGUUGCUAUCGAAGUGAAAAAAUUCAGAGAAAAUUUGAAAAAGGAAUGGGUGACUAGGGCAGUUCACAAGAUUGAUAAUAUGAAAAAGAAUGAUACAGGUGACGAUAAAUUGAAAUGUGCGGAAUAUUACUCGGUAAAUUACGCAAAAUUGAUUGAUAGGUCAUGGGAAGACCAGAAAAAAAAGUUUUUGAACUUAUCAAUACGACAUUUGAAUGAUUCCAUCAGGGGAUAUAACUUGCAGGCACCGAUGGCUUCGCAUAUAUUUUAUCUAGUGGAGGAGAAGGAGCUUGCAAGAUGUUAUAAAGAUGGCUCUAAGGAGAUUGUUAGUGCUAUGAAGAACUAUAUAUUUGGCGACACAAAGUCUCAUAUGACCUCACAUGAGGCUACCAAGCAACAUAUCAAGUCUGGACCUCAGCAACUGAUCUCUGGAACUCUUUGGAAAAUAUUCAGUAAAAAAUAG